AUGUCUACCGAUUCGUCUACCCAACCGCAAAAACAACCCACCGUGCUAUUGUGCAUUGGUAUGGCCGGUUCUGGCAAAACUACCUUUAUGCAGCGUUUGAAUGCCCAUCUUCAUGGCGUUAAAAAGUCACCAUAUGUAUUGAACCUUGACCCUGCAGUUACUCAACUUCCGUUCACCGCUAAUAUUGAUAUUCGCGACACAGUGAAUUACAAAGAAGUGAUGAAGCAGUAA